AUGGCUAGCACUGCAGAAGAGGUUCCCGCAGAGCCUAUAGACAACCAGGAGAAAGCUGGAGAUGAUGAAGAAGAAAUCGCAGCGAUGCGAGAGAGACUGACAAAGAUGGAGUCGGAAGCGGCCAAGCUGCAUGAGAUGCAAGCUUCCCUGGACCAGCAGACGGAGAACCUACGAGAGGACAAGGAGGACAUCGACGCGAGGAGUAUCUUCGUCGGCAACGUCGACUACGCGGCCUCGCCGGAGGAGAUACAGGCACACUUCCAGAGCUGCGGGUCGAUAAACAGGGUCACCAUAUUACUGGAUAAAUUCACUGGCCAUCCCAAGGGGUUUGUCUCCCGCCCUAGAUAUUUUGACCUUUCUUGCUUCUUGAAAUAUACCUGA